CAAGUUGAGGCCGGGAGGACCGCUAACCCCGCCGCGCCCUGGGGACGCCGCGCCGGGUGCGCCGAGAGACCCGGGGACGCCCGUCUGGGGGCGGGGGCCACGCUGCGGGGCCGCCCACGCCGCGCUCCAGGAGCUGCGACUGGCAGGAUGGGCGUUGGGACACGCUGAUCUCCCCUCAAGACAGCCUGCUGGCAUCCUGGUCAUGGAGGACUGCAACGUGCACUCGGCUGCCAGCAUCCUGGCCUCGGUGAAAGAGCAGGAGGCCCGCUUUGAGCAACUGACGCGAGCCCUGGAGCAGGAGCGGCGCCAUGUUGCCCUGCAGCUGGAGCGUGCCCAGCAGCCUGGCAUGGGCAGUGGUGGUGUGGGCAGUGGGCAGCCCCUGCCAAUGGCCUGGCAACAGCUGGUCCUGCAGGAGCAGAGCCCGGGCAGCCAGGCCUCACUGGCCACAAUGCCAGAGGCACCCGAGGUGCUGGAGGAGACAGUGACAGUAGAGGAGGACCCUGGCACGCCCACCUCCCACGUGUCCAUUGUCACAUCAGAAGAUGGCACUACCCGGCGCACUGAGACCAAGGUCACCAAGACGGUCAAGACGGUGACCACGAGGACAGUGCGGCAGGUGCCCGUAGGCCCAGAUGGCCUCCCCCUGCUGGACGGCGGCCCUCCACUAGGCCCCUUCACAGACGGCCCUCUGGACCGGCACUUCCUGUUGCGCGGGGGUGGUCCGGCAGCCACGCUUUCCCGAGCCUACCUCAGCAGCGGGGGCAGCUUUACCGAUGGCCCUGAGCCCCGUGAUGUCCCCAGCUACGGCAGUCUCUCCCGUGGGCUGGGUGUGCGGCCCGCACGUGGCCCCCUUGGCCCAGGCCCCGUCGAUGGCAGCUUCACACUGCCUGGCCGACGUGAGGCCUUCCCUGCAGGCCCUGAGGCUGUGCCACCAGCUGGUCGCUCCCAGCCCGAGCGCUUCCAGGCAGAGCCAUACGGCUUGGAGGAUGACACCCGCAGCCUGGCUGCCGAUGACGAGGGUGGCCCGGAGCUGGAGCCUGACUAUGGCACUGCCACAAGGAGGAGGCCUGAGUGUGGACGUGGCCUUCGUACCAGGGCCUACGAGGAUGUGGCAGAUGAUGGUGGUGAGCUGAUGGAGGAGCGGCCCCCGUUUCCGGCUGCGACGGCACCCCUGGCCCAGCCAGAACGGGGCAGCCUAGGCAGCCUGGACCGAGUGGUACGGCGGUCACCCUCAGUUGACAGCGCCCGUAAGGAGCCGCGUUGGCGGGACCCCGAGCUGCCAGAGGUUCUGGCCAUGCUGCGACACCCCGUGGACCCUGUGAAAGCCAAUGCGGCCGCCUACCUGCAACACCUGUGCUUUGAGAAUGAGGGUGUCAAGCGCCGUGUGCGGCAGCUGCGGGGCCUGCCUCUGCUCGUGGCUCUGCUGGACCACCCGAGGGCGGAGGUGCGGCGGCGGGCCUGCGGGGCUCUGCGAAACCUCUCCUACGGCCGAGACACGGACAACAAGGCUGCCAUCCGGGACUGUGGCGGUGUGCCUGCCCUGGUGCGCCUGCUGCGGGCUGCCCGGGACAAUGAGGUCCGAGAGCUUGUCACAGGCACACUCUGGAACCUGUCAUCCUACGAGCCCCUGAAGAUGGUCAUCAUUGACCACGGCCUGCAGACGCUGACCCACGAGGUCAUUGUGCCCCACUCGGGCUGGGAGCGCGAGCCCAACGAGGAUUCCAAGCCAAGGGAUGCUGAGUGGACAACAGUCUUCAAGAACACAUCGGGCUGCUUGAGGAACGUGAGUUCGGAUGGUGCAGAGGCCCGGCGGCGGCUCCGGGAAUGUGAAGGGCUGGUAGACGCCCUGCUGCACGCCCUGCAGUCAGCUGUGGGCAGGAAGGACACGGACAACAAGUCGGUGGAGAACUGUGUGUGUAUCAUGCGGAACCUGUCCUACCACGUGCACAAGGAGGUGCCUGGGGCCGACAGGUACCAGGAGGCUGAGCCGGGGCCCCUGGGCGUUGCUGCGGGCUCCCAGCGCCGGAGGAGGGAUGACGCUGGCUGCUUCGGUGGCAAGAAGGCCAAAGAGGAGUGGUUCCAUCAAGGGAAGAAGGAUGGUGAGAUGGACCGGAACUUUGACACACUGGACCUGCCCAAGCGAACUGAGGCUGCCAAAGGCUUUGAGCUGCUGUAUCAGCCCGAGGUGGUACGUCUCUACCUCUCCCUCCUCACCGAGAGCCGGAACUUUAACACCCUGGAGGCUGCUGCUGGUGCCCUACAGAACCUCAGCGCCGGCAACUGGAUGUGGGCCACCUACAUCCGUGCCACGGUGCGCAAGGAGCGUGGCCUUCCGGUGCUCGUGGAGCUGCUGCAGUCCGAGACUGACAAGGUGGUGCGUGCUGUUGCCAUCGCCCUGCGCAACCUCUCCCUGGACCGGCGCAACAAGGACCUCAUUGGGAGCUAUGCCAUGGCCGAGCUGGUGCGGAACGUGCGCAAUGCGCAGGCUCCGGCGCGACCAGGUGCCCGCCUGGAGGAGGACACCGUGGUGGCCGUGCUCAACACCAUCCACGAGAUCGUGUCCGACAGCCUGGACAAUGCGCGCUCACUACUCCAGGCCCGAGGCGUUCCAGCGCUGGUGGCCCUUGGCGCUGCCAGCCAAUCGGUACGUGAAGCGAAGGCCGCCUCCCACGUGCUGCAGACUGUGUGGAGCUACAAGGAGCUGCGUGGCGCCCUACAGAAGGAUGGCUGGACCAAGGCACGCUUCCAGUCAGCUGCUGCUACCGCUAAGGGACCCAAAGGAGCACCGAGUCCCGGAGGCUUUGACGACAGCACGCUGCCACUGGUGGACAAGAGCCUUGAUGGCGAGAAACCAGGCAGCCGAGACGUGAUCCCCAUGGAGGCACUUGGCCCAGACGGAUACUCCACUGUGGACCGGAGGGAGAGGAGGGCUCGAGGUAGUGACCCUGCAGGGGAGGCCUCUGAGAAGGAACCGUUGAAACCCGACCCCGGCAGGAAGGUUCCUCCUGGGCCCAGCAGGCCUGCAGUCAGGCUGGUGGACGCCGUGGGGGACGCUAAGCCUCAGCCCGUUGACUCCUGGGUCUAGCUUGCAUGCCUGGUCUCGGGCCCAGCCAUUUGUUCUUAGGGACCUGAUCAUGGGAAGAAGGGAACUCCAGGGCCGGCCCUUCCAGACCCUGCUGUGGAGCUUGGGGCCCCCUGGCGGCCGGGGUUGGCAGCGCUUCUCGCCGGGGAGCCAGGGCUCGACCUUCUGAACACACACCUCCCUUCCCACCCCUCGCUCCCUCCCUCCUAACUCCCUAGGCUGAGUUAGCUGUUUACUGACAUGGUGCUGUGUGCGAGUGAGAGAGAGAGAGAGAGAGAGAGAGAGAGAGAGAAAGCCAGUGGAGCUGCCAGAGUGGGGCCCAGGGAAGCGGCAGGAAGGGCACCUGGCUUUGCUUUGGGGCUGGUGGUAUAGAAGAGUGUGCUCUUGUGUGUGUGGGGCCCCAGAGGAGCCUGCAGCAGGGAAGGGAGGAGGGGGGCUCAGAGAAGGAGUUUGACUCUGGAAGGUAGAGGGGAUCCGCUGGACGCUGGGUCCCACCCUGCAUGGCCCAUGGCGGGGGGGGGCGGACUGGCCCAUGUGUGCAGAGAGGCUUUGGAGGCAGCAAGAUGGGGGUCAGGCUGUGCUUGCCCCCACCCUGCCCUCGGCUACGUGGAACCCCAGUGCAGCAGGAGCCUUCCCUGAGCGACUCUGGCCUGGCCGUGGCUACCAGACCCUGUCUGCUGGAGCCCAGAGUCACACCUCCGGGACUGACCUUCGGCAGCAGUGGGGGACGCUGCCUAGUGCCUGCUGUUUGUGACUUAAAAACCGAAGAAAAACACUGACAAAAAGCAUUAAAAACAAAACCAAAAUAAGACUGUAUUGGUAAACACCUAAAUUUUUGUAAGAAAACUUAAAAAUUAAAAAAAGCAACGAAACUUCCUAUCUUCUGCGGCUCAGAUCCUUUGCCACCGGCUGCUUGCUCUUCCCUGCUUGCCAGGGUGGGCAUGGGUGGAGGUGGCCCCCGGGUAUCCAUGUGCUCUGUCCAGAGGGGGCUCAGCUCCCAGGCCACAGGGGUGGGCACA